GGACUAUAAAAAGUUUACCCACUCCCAGGUUCGUCCUCUUUGGCAGUUGCCUCCUCAUUAGGAACUACUAGUCACCAAAAGACUCUCUCCACCAAACAACCUACCACCAUGGCUUAUCGUUUUCCAGCUCUUACUGCAGAGCAAAGGAAAGAGCUCUCAGACAUUGCCAAACGCAUUGUUGCCGAUGGCAAGGGGAUCCUGGCUGCAGAUGAGUCUGUAGGUACCAUGGGCAGUCGCCUGCAGAGAAUCAAGGUAGAGAACACAGAAGAAAACCGCCGUCAAUUCCGAGAAAUGCUCUUCUCCGUCGACAAAUCCAUCAACCAGAGCAUUGGGGGUGUGAUCCUUUUCCAUGAAACUCUCUAUCAGAAAGACAACCAAGGAAAGUGGUUCAGAGAUAUCCUCAAGGAAAAGGGGAUUGUGGUGGGAAUCAAGCUGGACCAAGGUGCUGUUCCCCUGGCAGGAACAAAUGGAGAAACCAGCAUUCAAGGCUUGGAUGGACUGUCUCAGCGCUGUGCCCAGUACAAGAAGGACGGUGCUGACUUUGGGAAGUGGCGGGCUGUGCUGAAGAUCACUGACCAGUGUCCCUCCAACCUGGCCAUUCAAGAAAAUGCCAAUGUGCUGGCCCGCUAUGCCAGUAUCUGCCAGCAGAAUGGGCUGGUGCCCAUUGUGGAGCCUGAAGUCAUCCCCGAUGGAGAUCACGAUAUUGAACAUUGCCAGUAUGUCUCUGAAAAGGUACUGGCCGCUGUCUAUAAGGCCCUGAAUGACCACCAUGUCUACUUGGAGGGAACACUCCUGAAGCCCAACAUGGUGACAGCUGGACAUGCCUGCACCAAGAAGUACACCCCUGAACAGGUGGCUAUGGCUACUGUCACAACUCUCUGCCGAACAGUCCCUGCUGCUGUUCCAGGCAUCUGCUUUCUAUCUGGAGGCAUGAGUGAGGAAGAUGCCACUCUUAAUUUAAAUGCCAUCAACCUUUGCCCACUGCCCAAGCCCUGGAAGCUGAGUUUCUCCUAUGGGCGGGCCCUGCAGGCCAGUGCACUUGAUGCCUGGAGAGGCAAAGCUGAAAACAAGAAGGCUACGCAGGAGGCAUUUGUGAAGCGAGCUCAGGCAAACUGCCAGGCAGCCAAAGGGAAGUACGUUCAUUCAGGCACAUCUAGUUCUGCCUCCAGCCAAUCCCUUUUCACUCCCAGCUACACUUACUAGUGUCCUAGCAAUCUCUCCCCUACCAAUGGCUCAGAUCCUUUUUGCUUGUCGUUAGGAGACUACUGAGAAGUAAAUAAAUCAACCCAUCCUGGAAAUUGUGUGACAAUUCUUACUGGAUUUACCAGCAACACAAUGCACUUUAAACUCUUACAUUUAGAGUGACCAUUUGUGUUUUCUACACUCAACUCUCACAUACACUCUUAUCCACUCUUCCCUAAUCCUCCUCCCACUCCAUAUUAAGAAUCUGAAAUCAAUUUUUGGGAAGUUGUUCCUUGCAGGUGGAGAAGCUGGAUAAGUGUUAAUCCUAUCUUAGUGAUGGUCCCCUUUGUAGCUUAAGAGUAAUUAGGUGUUGGGUUUUUUAAAUACCUUUUUUGGCUGGGGGUGGGGCAUGAAAAGCAGUCAUCCAAUGAAACUUCUCAAAAGCCAUGGACUAAUAAGUGCUUCUUACCAAAUAAUCCUGGGUGUCUGCAAACCAAUAUUUGCAUUAUAAACAAUUAACAUCUCUAUCAUGUUGUCUUUUGGCAUUUUUGAAAUGGCUCAUUGUAUCUGUUUAUGGUCAAUGUGGAUUCAGUGUUACACAUUAUCCUUGACUAUACUUUUAUUUGUUUUGUUAGCUUCUUUUUCAAUUAAAGUAAUUUGACUCAAGGCAAUGUGGUAUAGGGGAAAGAGUGCCAGCAGGUUUCAGAUCCUAGCUCUGGUCUUGGACAAGUCACUCAUCUCCUUAUGCCUGUUUCUUUAUCCUUAAAAUAAGGUAGUUGUAUGAGAUGACCUCUAAGGUCCCCUCCAGAUCUAAAUCUGUGGUCCUAUGAUGUGUCCAUCUCAUGGGACAGAUGAAAAAAACUCAAAAAGGUAGGGAAUCCUGUAAACUUUUGGAUGGGGAAUAAUAUCCAUUCAUAAUAUGAAAUGUCCUCCCUCAGUAUGUUUGCUUUCAUCCUAAGGCUAAAGUUUUUACUUCAGUCCCUUUAAAUAGCUUACCUGCCUUCCUACAAAAUUAGGUAUACAUGCUAGUGACUAUAUUCUGAACCCUGUCUGCUAUUUUAGAAUAAGAUCAUGGACAUUCUGUUGAAGGUCCUAGAAAUUCUGUGACCUGACCUCCUUUCAUCUGCUGAUUGAAAAAUAAUCUGUGCAUCCAUAUUGAUUUUGUCCAAAUAAAUGCCAUUUUUCUUUUUUCUUGGAA